AUGAAUAGGAAUAAACCCACUUUUAAUUCUAGUAGUGGUGGUAGUAGCAGCCCGCCAAAUAUUAAUAACAAACAACAAAUUCCACUUUUAAUGAAGGAGGCCUCAAUAACAUUGUUUCCUUCAGCAUCAACUUCAUCAUCAUCACUACAUAAUAACAAUGAUAUUAAUAAUAAUAACAAUAAUAAUCAAAAGUCAUCCACUUCGACUACUGCUAAGGAUCAACAAGUAACAUCAUCUUCAUUGGCUAUUAAUAAUACUAAUAACAAUCGAGAACCAAUCAACAAACAUCUCCAACUACAAAUAAAUAUCAACAAUAACAGUAUUGGUGGAAGUGGAGGUGGUGGUCCUAAAACAUUCUCUCCCAAACCAAAGAUUAAUUCAUCACCAUCAUUUCAAUAUAUGAUGUCAAAGAGACCUUCAUCGGUUGGAAGUAAUAAGAGAACACCCUCAUUCAAAUCAACAAAUUCAUCCUCUUCUCUUCUCUCUCCAAGAACAAAGCCUUCAUCAUUUCCUUCUUCAUCUUCUACUACAAAUACUAAUAACUCUUCUACUAGUAAUAGUAAUAGUAACAGUUAUGGAUCAUCACCCUCAUUAAAAACUACUAAUAUUAUUCUAAAUACAAGUAAUAAUAAUACUACUCCAAAUAAUCAUAAUAAUUCAUCAUCAUCACUCAAUAAUUUAUUUUCCAAUACAAGUAAGCAACAACAACAACAAUCAAAUGAUAAUACUACUACUAAUAAUCAUCAUCAUCAUUCUAAUACACCUAAAAGAGUGUGGUCUAGUUCACAACGUCCACAAUUACCUAAAAUGUCAAGUAUUAAUUCUUCAUUAUCAACACCAGUUACACCUUCACCUGAUUCUCAAAUGUUUAAAUCUCAUUCAAAUAGUGGAAGUAAUUUAUUAAGUAAUUCUAAUUCAACAUCAAAUUUAAGAAGAGAAUUAAUUAAUAAUAGUGGAAGUAGAAGAAAUACAUUUAGUAGUUAUUCAUUAAAUCCAUCUCCAAUACCUAAAUUAGGACAAUUAAAUACUAUAAUUGGUGUAUCAAGUGCAACUAAUAAUUCGAGCCAAAGUUCAUUAACAAGUGUUACUUCUACAUAUAGUAUUAAUAUUGCUUUAAAUAAUUCAUCAUCUACUACAAGUUUAUUAUCAAAUGGAUAUAAUGGAGCAUCUACAUCUUCUUUAAAUAAUACAGUUACAAAUAAUAAUAAUAAUAUAAAUAUUAAAUCUGAUAAUAUUAUAGUCAAUAAUAAUAAUAAUAAUUCUAAUACAGGAAAUACAAUUACUAAUAAUAAUACAGUUAAUAUUAAUAAUAAUUCAACUAAAUCUGAUAAUAAUCAUCCAAUAUUAACAGUUACUAAUAAUAAUAAUAAUAAUAAUCAAAUUAUUUUAAAUAAUUCAAAUAAUUCAACAAUUCCAUUUAAUAGAAAAAAUGCAAUUACACAAAAUCCAGUAUUUAGUACAACAUCAUUAAGUAUUAAUAAUAAUACAAGUAAUACAAAUAAUACUAAUAAUACUAAUAAUACUAAUAAUAUUUCCAAUAAUAAUGGAAAUAAUCAAUCGACAAGCACAGUAACAAAUAAUAUAAAUAAUAACAUAAAUAAUUCUUCUAAAUCUAAUAAUACUUCAAAAUCAAUAACAUCAAAUAAUAAUUCUACUUUUAAUUCUACUUCCAAUAAUAUAAAUAAUUCCAAUAAUAGUAAUAACUCAUCCAGUAACUCAUCUAAUAAUUCUUCUAAUAAUUCUAAUAAUAAUAAUAACAAAUUAAUUUCAACAUUAAAUUUAAACAAUUUAAAUUUAUCUAUUAGUAGUGUACCAUCAUCAGCAAGAUCAUUUGCAUCACCACCACCCUCUAGUCAUAUUUCACCUAAAUCUAGAAUUGGACAAAAUUAUACAAUUUAUGAUCAUAAAAAUAAUUCAUUAUCAUUAACUUGUAGUAGUAAUAGAUCAAGUAUAGAAAAUGAUUCAUUAGAAAUACAAAAAGGACCAAUUCCAUCAAACAAAUUUCCACAUCAAAUUUCACCACCUCAAUCACCUACUCUAAGUAAUAAUACAAGUUUAUUAUCUUUAAAUUCUUCAAUAGAUUCUUUUAAACCUAAAAAGGGUGGAAAUACUCCAAAUAUAGUAAAUCAAUUUAAUGAAAAUAUAUUUAAAUCAAAUCAUUCUAUUAACACUCCAAUGAAAGGUAAAAAUAAAAUGGAUCAAAAUUUACUUUCAACAAGUACACAAUCAGAUAAAGAAGAAGAAAGAGCUAAAAUUCAAGAAGAAAUUAAACAAAUUUCAGAUGAAUUAAAAAAACAAGACGCCAUUACUUUAUUAGAUCAAAAUGAUAAACAAAUUAUAACAAGUAUAAUAUCAAAAUCUAAUACUACUUCUACUAAUAAUAAUAUAAAUGGUAAUAUAAAUGGUAAUAUGAAUAUAAAUGGUAAUAAUAAUGAAAAUGAAGAUGUACUUAAAUAUAAUUUUUAUAAAAUGUUAAAAUUAAAUCUUCAAGAAGAAGAAGAAGAAGAUUUAUUUAAUGAAAUUAUUGAAAAUGGAAAAUAUUUUUCAGGAUUAGAAUUACAAGAUAUUUUACAACAUAUAAAAUUACAAGCACCUAAAGAAUUCCAAAUAUGGGAUGCUCAACGUCGUAAAAAUUUAGAAAAACGUAAACAAUUAUUAUUAAAUGAAGAAAAAAAGAAAAAUGAAGAAAUUCGUCUAAAAAAGGAACAUUUUGAAAGAAUUGAUAAAUUUUUACAAAAACAAGAUGAAAAUUUACUUGAUGAAAGUUUAAAUUUAAAUAUGGCAAAAGUAUUAACAUUACAACCAAUUGAAUUAAAUUCAAUUUUAAAAACAUUUGAAGGUGUUGAAAGAAGAAAUGCAUUUAUUUCAAAAAUGGAAAAUUUCCAUAAUAGUAAUUCAAUUAAUUUUGAAAAAUUACAAACAAAUCAAAAAUUUGGAAUUUAUAUUUCUUAUUGUGCUGAAAGAUUUUUAUUUUCACAUAUUGAUAAGGAAAUUAAAUUAAAAAGAACAAAAUCAGAUUCAAAUUUAUUACAUUUAAAAAAUACAAAUUUAAAAGAUUUUAAAUUAUCAAUUCCAUUUAAGGAAUUUAAUAAGAAUUUACAUUUUAAUUCAAAAACAUUUAAAGAAAUGAAUUUGAAAGAAUUUGAAAAUUUAACAUCUUUAAAAAAACCAAGACUUAAAAAAAACAAAUCAGAUUCUGAUUUGAAUAAUUUAUUUUUUGAAGAAAUUUUAAAUAAUUCUAAUAAUAUUAAUAAUAAUAAUAAUAAUAUUAAUAAUAAUAAUUCAAAUAAUAACAAUUUGAAUAAUAGAAAUAAGAAAUUAAAUCAUUCACCAUUAUUAUUAGAUGAAAAUGAUCAUUCAAAAAAUCAUGAAGAACAUUUUCAUUAUUAUUCAUCUAAUCAAAAUAUAAAAAAUAAUUUAGAAAAUGCAUUUUCAUUUAGUAGUAGAAUGAAUAAUUUUUCACAACACAAUUAUACAACAGUCAUGUCUGUAUUAUUUCCAAAUCAUAAGAAUAAUUCAACAACUUCAACAACAUCAACUUCAACAAUAUCAUUACCACCACCAUCACAUGAAGAAAUGAAAAAGGCAGUUGAAAAUUAUUAUGAAAAUAUUAAACAAAAAGCAAUUGAACAAACAAUUGCUAAUAAUGAAGUUAUAAUUGAAACUGAUCCAAUUAGACAAGCAAUUAUUGAAAAGAAGAAGGGUACAGGUGUUAAAACUAAAAUUAUUAAAAGAGUUGAAUCAAAUCAUAUUGUUGAGAGAGAGGAAGUUGAUUUUAUUAAGGAAAAUAUUAGACAAUUAAAAGCAUUAUCUGAAAAAUUAAAAUCAAAAAGAAGAUUUGUUGAAAGAACUCCUAUAUUUGAAACUAAUAAUGAAGGUAGUAGUGUUGGUGGUAGUGGUGGUGGUGGAUCUUCUCAAAUUAUAGUUGAACAUGAGAAUGGAAAUUAUAAACAACAUGCACCUGAAAAUAUUAAGGUAAUGGAUUGGACCUAUAAUAAUCAAUCUUAUACACCUUCAUAUUCUUCUCCUAGAUCUCCAAUGAAUCAUCCAUCAUCUCCAUUUAAUCAUUCAACAGCAUUUCCAAAUAGUAGAAUUAGAUAUAAUAAUUAUCAAAGUACUCCAACUUUAUUACAACUCACUUUACAAAUUUCAUCUCCAAGAAAACAAACAACAACUUUAAAUGGUUCACGUCUUCCAAGUAGUUAUUUAUUUGGUAAUAGACCUAGUACAAGUUCUAAUAAUCAUCGAGUAACAACUAUUGGUGGUGGAGGUAUAACAGGUGGUGAUAAUCCUUUUGAUAUUAAAAUUCAACCCAUGAUACCAGCCAAUUCUCUAAUUGAAAAAGAAAAAACUGAACAACAAAAAAGAACUGAAAUUGGUUUAAGAAGAUUAAGAAUUUCAAAGAGUGCAGGUCAUUUGAGAUCAUUAAUUAUUAAAAACUAA